CAGGGCACAAGCCGGGAGACUUAGCUCCAAUAUUCGUCAAAACUGAUGGGUAUAGUGCCAGCUACAUGCAGGCUAAGAUCAAAUACGGCAGAUUGGACAUACUGGUUAAUAGUGCUGGCGUUGCAUUAGCGCCUGCUUGUCUCCAUCCGAUGAUCCACGAGAUAGAUGAAUAUGUAUGGAAUAUUAUUAUGCAAAUUAAUGCAAUGUCAGUCUUGGCUGCAGAUACUAGAUCAAGUGACCCGUCCACCUGGAGAUCGGGGCUGGGAGAUCGGGGCUAG